CAACAAAGUGGAGACUCUUCGAAUGAAAUGCAAGCCUCAGCGCAAGUAGAUGGCUGCUAAUGAGAGGGUGGGCCAACGAAGUACCCACUCUCCAUGUUCACAGUCUGGACCUUGGCACACAACACUCAAGAACUGGAGUCGGCGCGUCGAAUCGGGAGAAAAAUCACAGCCCGGGCCUACCAGAGAGUGAAGGAGAGAUGAGUGCCUAUCUCUCCAUCCACCCAGCGAUCUGGCACAUGUCGGAGAGAAAGAAGACGGCAGAAGCAGUUGGCAGAGAACCUGGUCUUGCGAGUGAGGCGAGAGCUACACGAUCGGUGAGGACGAGGUAGAGAGGUGGUGGGAGAGAUCCGGUCUCGGAUCAGCUUCAGCAGAAGAGUUUGAGCAGAGAAUGGAAGGACUGCGUCGACAAAGGACGACUCUCAGCUCGCGAGCUGACCGUCAAGUUGGGAGAGAUGGAGGAAGUCACUAAGUCUCUACUGAUAAAGCCAAUCUACGGGGGCGUCCCACGUUAGACACCAGAAUCUCACACCCUCUUCCUCGUCCGUCCUGUUCGCCGGAGCCGGCAUCCUGGCCACACCCACAAACGUAGAACGAGGUCAGGAUCAGCGAUUGUGCAGGUUCCAAUGACCACCACCACAUGACAGACAUCUCCAGAAGAAACAGACCAAGGGAGGAUAAGUUUCCAGACUAGCCCCUCACCUCAUCGCUACACUCAGCCCCCAACUAGAGAGAGGAGGGAGAAGAAGAGAGGAGGAGAGGGACUCGCGAGCAUGCAGGGCACCCCUCUCCCUCCACCCCUCCUCCACACACACCUCUCAGACACACACGGACAGAGAGAGGUGGGGAGGGGAGUGAGGCAGCGUGGCAGGUGGAAGAUUCCCCGGCCACCAACAAGACAAGAACCACUGCCGUUUAGUCCACUGAUGUUCCACACGCCUCCAUGCCAUCCCUAGCAUCAUGGAGGCCAACACUGCCAGAAAGAAACACCUGCUGGGUCUCCUGAAGGAGCUGGGACUGAGCUCACCAGCUGCUGCUCCCACUCCCCAGCCGCACCACCACAACAGUUCAACAGUGGAGUCCAGACUGGUCGCCCACGCCAUUCAAGACCCCCUCCGCUCACACAGACACUCUCGUGCACGCACCUCGUCUCUCCCUCCCAUCAGCGUUCCCUCGAGGAUCAGUGGACCUCUCGCCGCAAUCUACUAA